CUGACAUUCCGUAAUUCUGAAACUAGUUACAUAAUUACAUAUCUACUCUUUAGAUUACCAAAGCUCGGAAGUCGAAACCAACCCAUGCAAUGCAAAUGCAAAUGCAAAUAUCUAGGUUUUAUUAUUAUUAUUCUAUAGCCUAUGUAAAGAGAUCAAAACCCUUAUUUGGUCUUGAACCCUGUGCGCCUAAGCCAUUGAAACUGGAAUUGAAAGCCUCAAACUCUCGGAAAAAUACCCAAAUACUUGCUCCAAAGCACUCUCCUCUAUAUAUGUGGUACCAUUUGUAGCCCAUUCCACAGACCAAUCUUCUCAUGUUUCCCCAACUUCUAUGCCGCGUCCAUCAUCUGGGUCUAACGAUUUUUGUGCCUUUCAUAUACAUGUAUCUCUACACUCUGUUCUACUGAUUCAGUGGUUCUUGCUGCUGCUUUAUAAAAUAGUAAUAUAAUGUAUUGCAAGUUAAAGGUCAUGAAUGUAGGUUUAUUGAACUUAUUCCUACAUUCACUACAUUUCUGUUAAUUCUUUCUCUUCCAAAUAUUCUCUGCAGUCAUAGUCAACCCUUUCACAAGCGAUGGUACCUCUGAUCUUGACUUCCUUUAUUCUCUUCACACUGCUUUUUCAAUCACCCAUUUCCCAUUCUGUUCAGCAGCAGCAUCAACGGACAUUUUUGCUUCCAAAUCAGUGUGAUGAGAAAUGUGGAAAGUUGCAUAUCCCAUUCCCAUUUUAUUUGAACAGUUCCUGUGCCUCAGUUUCCACCGCUUUCCAUCUCUCUUGCUCCAGCUCCUCUACCCUUUACCUCAACAUUGCCUCUCAAAGCUAUGAAGUUGUUGAAUUUGUCUCUGAUGGUAUUUUAGUGGGCUUUCCGGGUAGCUCUAUUUGUCGCCAAUAUAAUGAUUUGAAUUCUUUUGGUUUCAGUGGAAAUGGCCAUUUUGGUAUAUCGGUGGACAACGUUAUUGGCUUGUAUGAUUGUGAAGAUUCUUCUUUGUGCAAGGCAGAUUGUGAAACGAUUGACUUGCCUGGCUGUGAUGGCAACUCCAAUGCCUCUCCUGCCUGCUGUUAUCCACUUUCUGACCAUAGUGCAUGGGAUUUAGGAGAUGGUUUUUCAGUGUUUUCCAAGUUUGGAUGCAGGGGAUACUCUUCUUGGGCUAUUUCUCGUGGUUCUAACACUGGAAAACGUGGGGUUAAAUUGGAAUGGGCGAUUCCAGGUGGGAAUUCUUCCAAGAAAGCUUGUGCCAUCAAUUCAAACACUGUCAAUGCCACCACAGUUAAAGGAGGGUUUAGGUGCAAAUGUCAGGACGGGUUUGUUGGUGAUGGAUUUGCCAGUGGCGUGGGUUGUUUAAAAUCCUGCAUCAAGAAUGGAGUGGAAGCAAAUGGCACUCAGUGCUACACAAAAAGACAUAGCGGAAAAACAGUUUCCAUUCUAGCUGGAGUUGUUGGCCCCGUAUUCAUUAUUGCCUCCUUAAUUGCGCUGUUUUGUCUGUUGAAACGGCCUGGUAAGUCCGGUGCAUAUGACCCUGACCAGUCACAUUUUCAUAGCACCAUCUCAUUCAGGAAAGCUUGUAGGACUCGAUUAUUCACUUACCAAGAGCUGGAGGAAGCCACUAAAGGAUUUGAAGAUUGUCAGAAACUUGUGCAUGGUAGGAAUGGAACCAUAUAUGCAGGGGUCCUUGGAGAUGGUUCACAUGUAGCUGUGCACAAGGUACAGUGCCAAGAUCAAAGAGAUCUAAUGCAGGUCCUAUCCAGGAUUGAGGUUUUAUCUGCAGUUUCACACAGGAAUAUGGCACGUCUCCUUGGAUGUUGUAUCGACUCUGGCUACACUCCACUGGUGGUCCAUGAGUAUCCUGCAAAUGGUACCCUUGAGGAACAUUUGCACCAAAGUAGAGGACUAGAAAAAAUGGGCCUUGAUUGGUACAAGAGAAUGAACAUUGCCGCUGAAAUUGCAUGUGUCUUAGCCUUCCUGCAGUAUGAAAUAUUUCCUCCUAUCUUUCAUCAUAAUAUCAAAUCCGGCUGCAUAUUUUUAGAUGAAGAUCAGUCGGUUAGAAUUGCAGGGUUCAGGCUACUUGAAUCAUCAAGCCUUACAAAUGAAUCUUAUUCAAAUAAUAGAAGUGAUGUUUCUGACUUUGGUGUGGUGCUGCUAGAGUUAAUUACAGGUUCCAAGAACAAAGACCUCCCAGCUGCAGCAUUGCAGAAAAUCAGGAGUGGAAAGCUGGCAGAAAUUGCGGAUCCAGGUCUCUAUUAUCAUGAGCAACCUCCAUUUCGCAGAGAGCAAAUAGAGAUAGUUGCAGACAUAGCUACCAGAUGUCUGCUGUUCGGUGGAGAUGGCAAAAUUGGGAUGGUAGAAGUUGCUAGGGAGCUUGUGCACAUUACAAAAGAGAGCAUUGAUGGAAAUGGUAGUAAGAGGGGACCUGCACUUGAAGAAACAUUCUCAAAUUCAAGCCUCCUUCAGAUGAUAUCUAUGUCUCCUGACUCUAUAUAUGUGCCUUAAAAUUGUUGUUUCUGAUAAUUGAACUAUUUUAUAUUAAUUACAUAAAAAUGCUCUACUCUUCGAUUUGUCUUA